CUGGGUGCUGCUUGAGAGGGAAGUGCUGCUGUCGUGCGACGUGGAAAGGCAGUAUGGCACUUACAUCUUUUGUAAUCCAACAAGUGAAAUCAAGAGGCACAAUAAGAACUGCCAGCUUCCAGCAGGAUAUAACUCUAUGAUGUAGCACAUCUGCACACUGAUUCACCUCUGUGUGAAGAAUAACUGUCAAUCGUCAUGGACGGAGGGUUGACUAUCACUUUUAUAUCGGCUGCGAUGUUUGUAGGAACUUUUGUACUUGGAUUCAUCCCACUGUUGUUCAGGCUUAACGAGAAAAGCCUGCAGUUUGUCUCCAUCCUGGGGGCAGGACUGCUGUGUGGAACAGCGCUGGCAAUCACCAUCCCUGAGGGAGUGGGUUUACUGGAGGAGUCAUGGAGAGCAUCCUCCUCCUCUGAUGUGCCAUCCCAUCUAAAUGCCAGUGGGAAAAAUAAAAAUGUAACUACCACAGAUGGUCCACCUCGAUUUCUCAUUGGGGUGGCUCUAACCUUUGGGUUCACCUUCAUGUUUGUGGUGGAUCAGAUUGGAAGUUACUUCUCCAUGCGUGGGCGAGUGUCUCUUUUGGCUAACAGUGUCGGCAUCACAGCCACUUUGGGGCUGGUGAUUCAUGCUGCAGCUGAUGGAUUUGCUGUGGGUGCAGCUGUGUCCACGGGGCAAGUGACAGUGCAAGUAAUAGUAUUCCUAGCUGUGAUCCUACACAAGGCUCCUGCUGCUUUCGGUUUGGUGUCCUUCCUGAUGCAUGCAGGCCUUGAAAAGAAACACAUCCAGGGACAUUUGCUGGCCUUUUCAGCUGCAGCACCCGUUCUUGCCAUCACCACUUACUUCAUAUUACAUGCAUCUGGCAGCUCCUCUCAGAAUCAGCUCAGUGCGACAGGAGUGGGAAUGCUCUUCUCGGCCGGGACUUUCCUCUAUGUGGCCACAGUGCAUGUUCUUCCCGAGAUCAGCAAUAGCAGGACGAGUCGACCCCCCUCUGACCUCCAUCAAUACUCUGGAGCUGAGGCACAUCAUGAGCGAUAUCUGGGGCUCCUGGAGAGCCUCACUCUGAUCCUGGGGGUCGGGCUUCCUAUGGUGCUGGCUCUCGGGCUGCAUGACGACUGAAAGGAAAUGUGGCACAGUGUCACCACAGCUCAAAGGAAAACACCUGUCACUUUUCACUUCCUGUAUGGCAGAAUGACUGAGUGGACAAACAUGUGACUAAAAGAAAGGUUACCUUGCAAUGUUUUAGUCUCAGUAAAAUUGAGGCCAGCCAUUGUUUGCGUAUCAAAGGAGCUCUCCAAUGGGGCUAAAAAACCUGAUAGCUAAUAUAUUUCCUCUGGGAUGGACUUAGUUUUCAUUGCAAGACUGAAAAAAGGCACCAUUUGUUGUUGAAGUUUGAAUUCAAUAAGCCUUAUACAGCCCCUUCCAUCCUGCUGUCACAAAGACACUAAAAUCUAGACAUGUUGCUUUCAGAGGUGAAAUCCCAGUAACUCAAUAUAUUUACAGCAACAACCAAAUCAUCUCAUAAUGUAAGAGUUCUUAGACACACAUUUUCAAAUGUGUUGUGUAGUUAAGAGCUUGGAAACAACCUGUCUUUCAGUCUAUAAUUGAGCAAUGUUAGAAAGAUUCGAUGUGUGAGCAGUUUUCAUAUUUUUGUCAGCAACAUCAGAAAACAACAUUUGAACGUAUUCCAGCAGCGUAACAACUGUUUAAUAAUACGCACGAAGAAAUACACGACAGAAACAGGUGGCUGAGGUAGGUUACCCAGUGGCUACCUCAAAUCACAGUCGCUUCACUGAAUUAAAGUCCAUGCCACCGUAAGUACCAGAGUUAUCUCUCUUCAGACAAAAACUGCUAUGUUAUCACUGCUUAAUGUCUUGCUAAAGUCAGUGUUAAAUGAACACUAUUAAAUAUCAAUAUUAAAGCCGUU